UGACCCUUCAAUUUCUGUAUUAUCAAGAAGAGGGAAAAAAAAAAAGUGGCCCGCCAAUUUCUUCGCUGAGAAUCGAGAGUCGAAACUUGAAGACUUUCAAGAAUAAUUGGAAUCUGUGCGGUUCUGUUAGUACUUAAAAGUGCCAUAAUACGAAGUCACAAAGCCAAAACGAAGUUUGCUCGCCCUUGGAGGAGAGCCACCGAGGCGGAGAGGGUGAGGGAGCGGUGAGAUAGCCAUAACAUCCCUCACCACAAUAGAAAGCACAGAGAAGACCACUUUGAAUUUUCUGGUUCGUUUCGCUUCUUCUCUUCACCCCUCUUUCUAAACUUUACUUCGUAUUCUACGAUACUAAAUUUUCACCAAGAAACCCUAUUACAAGAUCUAACCGCAUACAAAGACACAGACACAGACACAGACACAGACACGACUCCUUACAUGACUCUUGGUAUGGGGAUUUUGAAGUUGAAUGUUGGAUGGAGGGGUUAGAGACCGUAAGCAUAAGUUGGUUUGUGCAAGAAAAUAAGUUCGUGCAUGAAAAAUGACAUUUUGGGGGAUUGAAGUGAAGCCGGGAAAGCCUCACACACAUCAAUACAGUAAAGAUGGGGCACGACUUCAUAUUUCUCAGGCUACAUUAUCAUAUGGUGGUAGCACAUGGACAAAGAGGAGUGUGGUUCAGUGCAACGUGGGAAAAUCAAGUCCAGUUCUUCUCUGCUCUUUGUUGCCUGAUAAAAUAGAGACAUGCCAUUUGGAUCUUGAAUUUCAGGAGGAUGAAGAAGUCAUAUUUUCUGUUCUUGGCCCACAAAGCAUCUAUCUCUCUGGUUAUUAUCUGAAUCCUGGUCUCCAUCGGUUGAACAGAUAUGAUGAUGAUACCGACUCUUGUGGGGAAGAUAUUGCUGAGACUGAAAGUGAUCCAUGUAGAGAUUCUGAAGAGGAUGAUUAUGACUCAAAUGAUAGUUUUAUCAAUGAUGGUGAUCCUGAAGAGCACUCUCCUUCACCUCAGGCUAAGACCAAAAGCAUAGAUGAACACUUCCAUUUAUCCCCACAAUCUACUCCUGGAAGGAAAGAAAAGUGUAAUCCUAGACGCAAGCGUCUUAAGAAAAAGUAUCAAGUAAGCGACUCUGAUGAGGAAAAGGAUGCCUCCCAGCGGCAGACAACCAUGAAGGAAUCUGCUGAUUUGAAUUUAGAUAGUGAAGAAGAAGAUACAUGCGUAAUAUCUUCAUUGUUCAAAAGAAAAAAAAUUGUUAAAAAUGAGAAAGUAGUGAAAGAAUCAAUUACAAAGACAGCUGAAGAUGGCAAACAAGAGCAGUCGGAAGAUGAUGGCAGUAGAGCUAUGUGCUCAAAAAGAAAGAUUCAAACUGUCAUAGGGGAAAGUAUAAGCAGGAAACUGGACCAGCCUUCUAAUCCUUCUGUACCAUCUGUUGAUGAUGACAAUGAAGUCAAUGAGACACCAAAGGAGAAAAAAAGGAAAAAGAAAGAAAUUGUUGGCCAGGAAAAGAACCUUGAUUAUAGUAUGUGCAUGGACCAUGAUCAACCUACGGGCAACUCCAAGAGUGACAUCUAUAAAGGGAAUGGGCAUUGCAAGGAGUUAGAGAUUAAAAACAUGGACAAUGAGCUAACUAUUAGAGAUGAACUUAAUAGAGAGUUCCUUAUUGAUGACAUGGAUAGUGAGAAGCCAAAGAAGAAGAAAGAGAAGGUCAAUGAACGCAAACACACAAGCACCGAGGAGGAUGACCAUGAGGAUCUUGAAUCAAAAGAGCCUUAUCUUCAAAUCAAGGAACUUGAUCGAAUCAAUAGUAGUGUCCAAGAAUUCAAUGCAAAUCUAGAAGAUCAGACUGGGAAGCUAAAGAAGAAGAAGAAGAAGAAGGGUGAUAAAAAUGAACAUAUGACCAGUGAGGAUGAUGGCAGUAAACCCCUUCAACUAAAGGAGCCUUCUCUUGAUAACUUGAAAAUCAAUCCAAUUGUCAGUGACGUUCAAGAAUUCAGUGCACAUCCACGAGACGAAAAUGAAAAGCUAAAGAAGCAUAAGAAAAAGAAGAGUGCUAAAAAGAAAACCACAACAACUGGGGAUGAUGUUAGUGAACCUCUUCAAUCAAAGGGUCCUUGUCUUGAGAGCGUGGGACAUGAUCAACAAGUUCAUAAUGAUCAGAAAUCAAAUGCAGAUCUGCAAAAUGAGAAGAUUCAUGGCUUAUAUGUGGGCAAGGUUGACGAUGAAAUUGAAAUCAGAAUCAAGAGGAAGAAAAAGGGAAAAAGCAAGUCGUAUGAAAAUGAUACAACUCCACGUCCAGGUGCUAGCAACGACAAUUAAAGGUAAAAAGGGCAAUGAAGAUCAUAUUAGAGAUUGGAACAGGUCAGUCGUAAACCAAGUAGGGGCAUUGCCUUAUGAAAAGAUGCCCUUCCCUCCAAAAGAUGAACUAAUUUUCUUUUGCUUUCAAUUUUUGUGAAGACUUUAUAGGGAUUAUGAUAGUUUUAUUACUUCUUUCGGUAAGAAACUUUGUUGUCUUUUAUGGCUACACCGUAAAAUACUGAACUGGUUUUGCAGAAUGCAAAAAACAAUUAAUUUUUUGUUCUAA